AUGUCUGAUCCUGUUCCCUCCGAGUCACAAAAUCUUCUUCCGCCUCCACCAGCUCCUCCAUUACCGCCAGGCCGGCUAGGCCAAUUGCAGAGAAUCAUCGCUCCCUGGGGCAAACAUAUUGGUUCCAAAUCCCAUGGGGGCCCAGUGCAGGGCGACCGUGAUGGCGGUCUGCGUCGAAUCACUGGCAUACACACGUACAGGCAUGACUCGCACUCCUCCCAGACGGCCACCCAUCGAACGGGCAUUCCCAUUGCCGCCCUCGACAUUAACAGACAGAAGACUCAUGCCGUCUUGGCCGGCAAAGAGAUACUGAAGACAGUUCGUGUCCACGAUGGCAAAGUCACCGAAGACCUAAACAUUCGGGCCUCUAUCAGCUCCUAUGCGUCCGCCCACUCCUCAUCGCAGUUGGAUAGCGCCGAGAGGCGGAGGGAUUAUCUUCCUGCAAGAGACGUGAAGUGGUCAAUAGGCAAUUGGGAGCACAUUAUAGCGACGGCAGCCACGAAUGGUCGCAUUGCGCUGUACGACCUAAAUGCCCCAAGUGCAAAGACCGAGUUGGCAUGGCUCCACGAGCAUACGGGACAGAUCAAUAAGCUAGACUUUGAUCCUCAUGCCGGAUAUCUGUUGCUCUCAGCCAGCCAAGAUAAGUCUGUCCGCUUAUGGGACUUGCGACAGCCUCAGCGUGACAAGUCCCGCAUAAGGUUUGAGGUGCGCAGUGCCGUCCGCGACGUCCGUUGGUCUCCGGUAGACCCAUUAGACUUCGCCAUCUGCGCAGACGGAGGCGUCGUUCAGAAAUGGGAUGCUCGCGUACCAGUCGCGCCCAAGCUGAGCAUUAACGCGCACGAGAAAGCGUGUUACUCUAUAGACUACCACCCCGACGGGCAUCAUGUUAUCUCAGGUGGGUUCGACAAGUACAUCAGAGUAUGGGAUUUCGAGAGCGACAAAAAACGCCAGAAGCCUGUCUUCCAGCUCAGAGCGCCUCACGCUAUCAGAAACAUCAGGUGGAGGCCGGCCUGCAAGGCGCCGGAAUCGGCAGAGUCGACCUUGUGGCAAAGCACUCAGGUCGCUGUUUCAUACUAUCACGACGACCCUCGACUGCACAUCUGGGACCUUCGACGGCCGCUCUUACCGUUUCGAGAACUCGAUAGGUACAGCAUGCCUCGAAACGAUCUCUUGUGGGCAGAUAAGGAUCUGCUUUGGACUGUGGGUGAUGAAGGCAUCUUCACUCAGUGGGACCUCAAGCACACGGUACCCUUCUACAACCAAAUCGCUCCCUGCACCUCCACAUUCCUCCCAGAUGGAGAGUAUUACACAUUUUCCGAGGAAAGAGACGUCCAACUGGUGUCCUUCCUGGAUGACGCUGCAGCUGGCUUCUUGAAUGUGCCGCGAGACAAAUUGAGCAGUGGUGAUGAUGGCGCGGCAAGCCGAAGUCUUACGGAUGAUGAAGGGGGGCUUGACUCGACGGUGGGGACGAGCUUCCGUCGACGUGAAGGUGUCAGCGUGCCCGCGAGACCUAUCAAGUCUCACACGAACAGUCCGUCGUCAAUGGACGAUAAACCGCCGAUUCUCCCUCUAGAUGCCGCGGUUCUCAACCGUCAAGAUCUGUUUAACAACAAUCAGGUGGGUACCGUUGGCUUUAUUCCCGGUGUGGCAGCCGAGCCGCAAGUGGUCGAAUACUUGGCUUCACACUAUGCGAUUCCAGCGACGAUUGAUGACAACAAGUCAUCUCCAGAUACAAUACUUCAACGCUUGCAGAAUGCCUUCCACCAGAACGCUGCUGCAUGCGAUGCGGUGUCGAUGCAUCGUAUGGCUCAGUCUUGGCGGAUCCUAGGAGCAGUGAUUGUUCCAGAGCUCAAGGAUUGGGCGGACGCGAAUCGUGCCAACCGUCGAGCCGACGCCGCCAGACGACGUGAGACUUUGGAAAGCUUUCGAGCUGGAGGGUACCGCCCAGGUCUUUCUCCGCUAGCUGGACUCCCACACCGGGGCUUCAAUCCAAAGUCCGAUAACAAAGGCCAGAAACUCAUGAGCAGUCUGUUCAAAGGGGUCACUGCAGCAGAGCGCCAGCAACAGAUCUCUGAAAUAGACAGCACUUCCAAUAUGACGACGCCGUUGGCCAAACCAUUACCAAAUUCACCUCUGCCGAGCUUAAAAAAACGGUCCCAACCAAGCACUGAAGAAGGACUCGACAACAUUGCACCUCUGCCUCCGUCGCUCCUGACCUCACACUCAACCGCCGCCGCAGCUGCUCGAGCUCUGAUCGGUUCCCCCAAUCAAGCAACGGGAUCAGACACCUGUUCACCUGAACUGCUUAGAAGUGCUGAUGCAUCGAAGAAACUCUCAACGCUGACCGAGUCGCCAGUCUCACCGGUCAAGAGGCCAAGGUCCGAUCUUUUAGUCGAGCAGAAGCAGAUGCAAGGUCAAAAUAGGAGCCAGGAAGAUCGCAGAGCAGCAUUGCGCGAUUACCGCAUCCAAGCUCGACCUAUAUUCUCCUUGGCGGAUUCGACAAAUAAUGUAGCUUCGGAAAGCAGGCACGAUUCUGAUGAGAGUUUCCCAAUGUUUUCGGUAUCAACAGACAGCUCGCAUCGGCCCCGAUCAAUUGGACAGUCGUUUGAUUCCCCUCGUGAAGGCUUGAGGAGAUCUGCGAGACACUCGGUAAGAGAACCGAUCUUCAAUCAGGAUGAUGUCUAUGAAUUGUCUUCUUCAGACGAUCAUGGCGGUAGGAGGCUCGGUCCCAAAUGGGGAAGUACGGCCGCUUCGGACGAGCACGAAAUUGGCUUGUCUGCCAUCGAUACACCACUGGAAAUGAGUUUUGGACCUGGUGGACAAGGACAGCCCUCCGAGUCAUCUCCAAAGGAUAAAGCCUCAUGGCAUGCAAUUCCGCAACAUGAGUCUGUGCCUCCCUCGCACUUGGAUACAGCCGCAUCAUCGUCGCCAGAUAUUUUUCAAUUUGAGGAAGCAGCCUCAAUAACCAGACCACGGAUACAUACGUCAAAUCCUAUCAGAACGGAGCUCACCAAUCGUGGUGCCGGUGACGACAAUCAACGCCAUGGAAAUGGAUUUCUAAGUCGACUCUCUAUGGAAGAGUUGGACCACGAGACGUACCUGUACCAAGAUUUUCGGCCCAUUGAUUUAUCCCAAUAUGAGCCGAAACUACCAUUCGCAUGGUCAUCGCUUCCUUUGAUAUGUCAAUGCAUAUCGUUCGACCUAGAGAACGGAAUUGGUCAGGCGCAAUUUGCCGCGCACCUUCUGAUGCAUGUUCAUCGAUACUUUUUUCAUGCAAGCUUUCGCAAACUGAAACGAGGUGAAAAGGAGUUUGCGGACAGUCUCGCCGAUAGAUUGAUGACACCGCGGCUCGGACACCGGAUCAUCCAGGGGAUCUUUGAGAACCACGUUUCAUUUCUGAGGCAGAUGGGACUCUUUGAACCCGCAGCACUUCUGAGAAAAAUGUGUGUGGAAUUUGAUUAUCCCGAAGUCUAUCGGUCAGCGUCAGAGAGCAAGCAAACCGGUGGCAGUCUCAGCAACGGAGAUCCAACGACUCUGUCCAUGGUUUGUAGCAACUGCCAACGCCCGAUGACAGGAGAGACGAGCACAUGUGAACGGUGUCGGCAAGUUCGAUCCGUCUGCCCGAUUUGCCAAUCGCUCAGAGAUAUGGUGGAGAUGCAUGUAAAUCUGGAUCUGGGAGCCCAUUCGCAGCUUUGGGGCCAUAAUCCAAACAUGUGGAUGUUUUGCCAGGCAUGUGGUCAUUCAGGGCACGUCCACUGUCUGAUGGAGUGGUUCAGUCAGCCGUCCAGCGAAGGGAGAUGUCCAACGUCAGGCUGCGGUUGCGAUUGCGGUCCAGGACUGACACGACGACAGCGCCUGCAGCAGCAAGUCCAACGGGAAGACGAAGCCAAACUGAUUCGGGGCCCGAAUCCUGGAAAUGGCACGAGCGGCUCGACCAAGCGAGAUCUGUUGAGAGCGACACCUAGCCCUGCGGUCGACAAAGCACGAGUAGCACUCCGCAACAGUCUGGCCGGGGAGCGUGCUACGCAAAGCGGCGACGAACGGACUUUGUCCGGCAAAAGAGGCAGCAGCCGGGGGCGGACAUCGGCAUUCAGCAACUCACGGAAGAGUGUCCGACUGAUUACGCCAGGAGAAGAGGGUGGACGAUCGCCAUCACGCACUCGAAAUCAUUAG